AUGUCCGAUUUCUUCAGGCAGACGAACGGGAAGAUGGACCGGGGCGCAAAAGAGUCCGACCCAUUCGCCUACCAAGCUCGUCGUCACAUCACCGCGGCCACAGACGUCAACGACCUUGACGACAAGGUGCCUCCGCCCGUGACUCCCAACCGGUCCCUCGUCAACUAA